AGCAGCCUGCUUUUUCCCAUUUUAUUGAAAAACAUAAAGCACUAACACUUUAUAUAGAAGCUAAUAAUGAGUUGCCUUUUCGCUUGCUUUUCUACUUCCAAGCACGAGCGGUGGCGACGGCGGCAGUUGCUGAAUGCAACUUCCCCUAAUCAUCAUAGAAAUGGAGCUAAUCAGGCUAUUCAAUCUGCUAAAUCUCUAAAGCAAUAUGAUUUUCAGAUACCCAUUAUUCCCUUAGAUGUUUCAGAAGAGAAGGUUGGGGAGAGGGAGACAUUGAACUGGAAUAGUAAAAAGAAGGUGAGUUUUAAUUUGAAUGUGAAAACCCUUGGGGAAUUGUCCGCUGGUGGGGAGUUUAUUGGUAUUCUGUCGAAGAAAGAGGGGGAAAAUGAGAAUAAAAAGGAAGAAACCUAUAAAGAAACCAAAUGUUCAGUUUCUGAUUUGACUGUGUCCAGUUCUGUAUCUAAGCCUCAGAAGAACAAUAGAUACCAGGAUUGUGCAGAGAGUGAAGGCAAAUAUGAAGAUUUGGUCAUGGAAGAAGGUUUGAAUGUUGAUAAUGGUGGAUCUGAGGCUAGAAGUGAUAAGACAUUCAUUAUAGAAGAGUCAUCGGAGUCAUUGUUUUCCUUGUCAAUAGAAUCUAGGAAACAAGUUGUUGAGGUUGAAUUGGAUGACAAGGAAGUUACUAGUCCAAUGCAAAUGGGUAAAUCACCAAGUGAGGAACCUAAGCCAGUAGUGGGGUUGAAUCGGGAUGCUCAAGAUAGGACUCAGUAUGUUGAUUCAGUAUUGAACCCGGUGGAGAAUCCUGCUCAGUGGAAAGCAGUGAAGGUGAAAGCAAGCACACCAUUGCAGCAGGAAGGGAAGGAGAACAUCAUUUUAGAGGAAGAAUUUGAGAUACCCUUUAGAUCAAAAGGCGGUCGAAAUGAAACAAUGCUUGUGGAUAAAAAAAUUGCUGUGGAUACGAGUCUCUCAAGCUGGUUGGUUGGAUCUGAAACAACACCUGUUUCCAAUGCUAGUUCAAAUUCUGUUGGGAAUUCACAACCAAAGAAAGUAAAUGGAGAUAGGCGUAUAUCAGGAGUGUUAGCUGUGGAAGAGCUGAAACAAAAUUCUAUCUCUGUAUCUCCAAAAGGAUCGAAGGGCUGGAGUCCAGAUGAAACACCUAUUAUAGGGACUAUUGGAAGCUACUGGAGUCAUACUGGGCAGGCAGUGGAUUCAAAUUCAAGGUAUCCUGGCAAAGGAACGCCAAAAUUGAGCAGGAACAUAGAGGAUGAGGGAGUUAAAUGGAAUGCCACACCGUUUGAGGGAAGGUUCGAGGGAGCUUUGGACAAGAUUGUUGCUGCUGAAGUUUAGUCUAGAUUGACGGGAGAUGUCCUUCGUGCAAUGCUCAAUGAAUCUGUAUGUGAAUAUGCAUGUAGUUGUUUUACCUGCUUUCGGUAGUGAACUUGUGUUGAAAUCAAUGAUGCCAGAUUUU